AUGUCGAACGCGUCCUCGAUAUUCGACUUGCUGGGUCAAGUCGACAACCUCAGCGAGCCGGUUCCGACGUUGAACCAGCGGCCGGUUGCGUUUGGUCUGCUGAUAUCAUUUCUCGCCGUGUCAUAUAUCUGUGCGAUUUCACGAUUAUACGUCCGGUUCCGAGUCACCAAAUGUCCAGGCUGGGAUGACUUGCUGGUUUUCCUAUCAAUGAUAGCCAGCCUCGCGCUGACUCUUUCGGUAUUACUCUGUUUCGAUCGAGGGCUAGGGAAGCAUUUCAUCACCUUCGUCUCUGACCAGUCUAGACUGGUCGACUUCACCAAGAACUCAUAUGUAAUGCACGCGUGCUACCCGACGGCGACGGCGCUCAUCAAGCUCGCCAUCCUCUUCCAGUACCUCCGACUCUUCGACGAGACGAAAUCCAUCCUGCGGCAGACGACCUUCGUCAUGAUCGGCAUCGUGUCGCUGUGGGGGCUCGCCUUCUCCUUCAUAAGCUGGUUCCCCGCCUUCCCGGUGUCGGCCGGGUGGGACUUCAACGACACGUCCGGCGUCAGGUACGGGUUCGGCAGCCUGGACCCGAGCAGCGUCGUGGCCGCCUCCCUCGCGCAGACGUCGACGAACAUGGUCCUCGACCUGAUCGUCUUGGCCAUCCCGGUGUCGUACUAUCUGCAGCCGAAACUGAAUUGGAAGUCUCAGGCCAGCCUGAUGGUGUUGUUUUCUCUUGGCUCAGUUGUAAAUGUCCUUUCUCUGUUCCGACUCAUCAGCAUCGUCGAUACCAGAGCUGGAAUCUUCCCGACUUACGACCCGAGCUGGUACGGUUGCGGCGCGAUCGUGUUAGCCGCUUUGGAGGUCAGCCUUGCGACAGUCUGCGCUUCUUUGCCGGUAUUUUGGCCCGUCAUGAAGUUCAAUUGGGGAGCUAUAUUCGUCACCUACGAAGUAUCAGUCACGCGCGAGGAGAAUUACCUCGCGCUCGAUGAGGCUCAAGCGCCACGGGACAGGAUCGACCCGUGGAACGCGCAUCUGAAAGGGCCAUACGUGCAUGAUAUUGAGAUGGGGGAUAUGGCACACCGGAAGGACGUCGAUUGGAGCGAGGGGUCCUCAGUGGCGGACUCAGGGUUACAGAAGGUCAAGCAUUAA